AUGCGUUCAUCUCCGUCCGCCCAAAUCUGGGCCUCCACGCCUGCCCUAUCUAGAUGUUCCGCAUACAGCCCAAUACAGCAGGAAGAGCAGAAACCAUGGGAGGGAACACGGAGAGCCAUUGGGCCUAGAGGUCACCUUCUGCUUGUAUUAGCUGGCCAUAGCUCCAUGGCUCUAAAUGGUACAUGCGCGGGCAUGUUGCAGGAGUCUAGAUCCUAUGCGAGCUUCCUCAUACAUGUUUACUUUCUUUCGCGUCUACACUUUCCCGUGGUAGAGACUCGAACUUCGAGUAGAAUUAGCGCCGAGACGAAGGCCGCCGGUCGAAAGGUUUGGAGUCUCCGGUUUGCACAUGUUGCUGGGUACGUGAGGGGCGAAUUCGGUGAACCAGAAAUUGAUCAGAAGUGA